GUGGAAACCUGAGGGGAAACACCAGGAGGCAAGGUCUGAAAAGAUCGCCCUCCAUCCAAAGGAAGAACAGACGCAGACCUCAAUUUAUACGCCUCGAUACAGAAGAAAAGAUGAUAAUAGAGAAUAAAGAAAUAAACCCGAUGGAAACGACUCAUUAGUGUGAAGGCAAAUAAACACACCGUAGGCAUUCUUGUCUCCGCGCUACUGGUGAAAGCGACGGUUUCUUGCUGGCGAAUGUGCUUCCGCGAUCCACUGCUUGUUUGGCAGCGUCAGCUCGAAUUCUUAGUUGACACAAAGACACGGAUAGGAAAGUGCUCACGUCAGUUUCAUGCUCGCUUGUUCUGGUUUAGCUUUUUCUUACAAGGAGACUUCUCCGGCGAGGCAUCAGACCAGGAAGCAAGGGAGGCAGCUGAAAAUCCUCGACAGCCUUGUUCGGCUUUUCGGGGAAGAGCAUCCUGAAGAGGGCAUGAAGCAAAGAAGAAACCAAAGGGGGAAUACCGGAUCAGCUUGGUGAGCGUCUCGUGUUUAGCGGGGCGCUGAAGCAGUUUUGUGUAACAGUGAGUUUGACCGAGUAUCGUUACUUUCUGCUUCUAAGUCCCGCUUCCACCGGUCAGCGUUCUCCUGCGUGGCGUCUGCACUCCUCUAGAUGUUCACUUCAGUUCAGUCGACCUGGAAGGCAAGAUAAAAUGGAGGGCAAAGAAGCAUUAUCCCGCGUAUAAAUUUGGGAAACUAGCGUGUGUACACCAGGCGUACAGGUAUCAUGCUGAACACUUCCUGCUUGUAAUGUUUCGUAAUGUUCCUCUGUACAAAAUAUAAGGAUCGUAUUCUUGUUUGCUCGCAGCUGUUUACACACUCUUGUUUCGUGCAAUGCCUGUCCUCUCGGGGUUCUGUCCGGCGUUCAACCAACAGCUCGUUUCCCCACCUUUUUCUCAGUUUCCGUAUCCUGACCUCUUCCCCGCCUUCCUGUCAGCGACUAUGGCAAGCCCGACGCCCCCCCCUUCUUCCGCCGUCUCUCCUUCUGUUCCCGCCAACUCUUCGUCUGCCUCUCCAUCUGCCUCUUCGUCUCUGUCCGUGUCUUCCGCAUCUUCUUCCUCUCCGUUUCCGCCUCUCGAAGAUCCACAACUGUUGAGGAUGCUUUCCGAACCGCAGUCGACCCCGGCGACCGGCGUUCUCUCCACAGGAGCAUCGGGAAAAAAACAGCAGAGUCUCUUGAGUGAAGAGGCCGCUGAAGCGCUGAGAGCAGCCAUCUGUGCGGCGGUCAAGCUGAGGCCGGCAAAUCCCGCCCAGUUUGUCUCAGCCAUGCUGUUCAACAAGAGUGGCUUUUCGCGGGAGUAAGAACUCAGCCACAUGCAGUACACAAAAGUCCCUCGAAUGCUCUCUGAACACACCGAACUCCCGGGAAGGUGCUCACAAACAUGCCCACCACCGGAUAUCCCGUUGUGCUAAAGUGUUUCAUCAACUUCUCUCUCUUGAUAUCCAUUCUCACAUCACUCCUACGUAUUCUGCUCAGUCCGAACAGGCGCCUCUCUCCUAGACAUCGAAAGGAAGAUACGUAGUUUUAUGUGAAAUCGCUCUUUUCUUCAGUAAGGACCACGGUCAAACUGAAUGCAUCUAUCCAUAUAUAUAUAUAUUUAUAUUUAUAUACAUUCGUAUGCGGCUGCAGCUGUCUCUACUUAUAUGUAUGCGCAAGAGACCCUGUCGCCAGAAAGUUCUGGAACAGAAAUGCCUGUCGACAUUCUUGUUCGCGGCUCACUCACCCAGCGUGUGCCUCGGAAGGGAUGUCGCUUAUGAGGGAAGGAUAUGUUUGCAUAUCCUCGACUGUUUGUGGAGUGCAGCAAGACGACAACUGUGAGUUGACACCUUCAUGCAACUUUUCACGAAGCUUUCAUGUAGACUGAAUACCCGCGCAGCUUCGAGAACCAAGAGGAGAGAACCCAAGAAAGCAUAUGGAGGAACAUUACCACCACAGCAUGUCCCAUUUGAGUCGUUUUCCUCUUCUUCUUCUGAGCUUGAAGUUUCUGAUCUCAUGCAGGUGCUCUGUCUUCAGUUGCCCCGCAGAAUUUUUCUCGGUUCCACCUUCUCUCUUUUCUGUCUCUCUUUUCCAUCUCCUCUCUUUACACGCUUCUUUUUCACAUCGCUUCUUGGCAUUAACCACCUCCCCCACCGUCUCGUGUUCUGCGUCUUUGCGUCCGUUGUUUUCCACUGCCUUCUGCGGCGUCUUCUGAGGUUCCUGCUCGUCUGCCUCCCAUUGCUUUCUCAGGGGAAGGCCUGCCCCGUGGUGUAGUUUCGUUCCAUUUCCUGUCUGCGUUUCCACCUCUUCCUUUCCUCGUAGCGUACGAACGCUUCGCCCUGCUUGCCCCGUCACACUCCUCGCGCUUUCUGGUCGUGUCCACUGUCAUUCGUCCGUCUCUCUGUCUGCCCGUGAUUUAGAGAAUUCAUGGAAUACUUGGAAAAAAGCCGGCGAUCCGAGGACACCUCCACUCUCGAAAAGAAAGAAGCCGAACAGGACGAGAUGGAUGCAGAAGAAAAAACCUAGGGAGUGUCUUUUGUCCUCUGGAUCGGAUCAAAGAGACGAUGCCGAUGAAUUCACUCCCCAACAGUGAGAAAACUUUUUUGGCGGGGUGAGGCUCACCCCGCCAAAAAAGAACCUCGACCAUGCAAGGGCAGAGGAAAGUAGAUCGCGUGCAUAUUCUAUUCAUUUAGAGUUCACGGUGCAUCAGCUAGGCAUGGUGGCUUGUUUGCCUCGUUUCAAAAGCCGAACUAGUCUGUAUAAUGCUUUGUUUUGGAACGACCUGCAUUACGGAUAUCGCUCCGAUGGUAUUCGGACAUAACCGCUCUGAGGAGAUGCACCUACAAUAUCAAAGGCGUGGAGAUAUUUCUUCU